AGAGCCUCUAGUAAACUUCUCUAAUUGUUUUUAUGUUGACUUUCUAUUUCUUUGCAGAUCUUACAGGUGAACAAGGUGAUGUCCAUCUUGUUUUAUGUGAUAUUUCUCGCAUAUCUUCGUGGCAUCCAGUCUACCAACAUGGAUCAAAGGAGUUUGCCAGAAGAUUCAAUAAAUUCUCUUAUUAUUAAACUCAUUCAGGCAGACAUUUUGAAAAACAAACUUUCUAAGCAGAUGGUAGAUAUUAAGGAAAACUAUCAAAACAUGGUGCAGAAAGCAGACACUCAGCAAGACAUCGAUGGAGAUGAAAAUGUGAAAUCAGACUUCCAGCCAGUUAUCUCAAUGGAUAGAGACCUCUUAAGGCAGCAGAGACGCUACAACUCUCCGCGAGUCCUCUUGAGUGACAACACGCCGCUGGAACCACCGCCGCUGUACCUCAUGGAGGAUUAUAUUGGAAAUUCAGUGGUGGUGAACAGAACCUCCCGGCGGAAAAGGUACGCUGAGCACAAGAGCCACCGAGGGGAAUAUUCCGUUUGUGACAGUGAAAGUUUAUGGGUCACGGACAAAUCGUCUGCGAUCGACAUUAGAGGACACCAGGUAACUGUUCUGGGAGAAAUUAAAACAGGCAACUCUCCAGUUAAGCAAUACUUUUAUGAAACGAGGUGUAAAGAAGCCAAGCCUGUAAAAAACGGCUGCCGCGGCAUUGAUGACAAGCACUGGAACUCCCAAUGCAAGACAUCCCAAACUUAUGUUAGAGCACUGACUUCAGAAAACAAUAAACUGGUAGGCUGGAGAUGGAUAAGAAUAGACACCUCCUGUGUGUGUGCGUUGUCAAGGAAAAUAGGAAGAACAUAAAUCUGCAUCUCUUUGCUAUAUAAAUUAUU